GAGCAAGUGCGUGAUUUGCAAGAAGUCUGUAGAAUGGGGUGAGAGGCUAUGCAUAUUGGGGACUGGGUUGCCGCACAUGGAUUUGGAUGGAAAGAUCGGUUUGGAGCAAGUGCGUGAUUUCCAAGAUGUCUGUAGAAUGGGGAGCAAGUGCGUGAAUUCCAAGACGUCUGUAGAAUGGGGUGAGAGGCUAUGCAUAUACCCCUGA